GCAGCGCUCUCAUUGUACCAGCGUCUUCCAGCUCCUCGCUGCCUCCCUCCGCUGCCCUCGCAGGCUCCGCCGCUCCGCCCGUCCUCAGGAUCAUGAAGGUCGCCAGCAGCAGCGCCUCGGCCGCCGCGGGCCCCAGCUGCUCGCUGAAGGCGGGCAGGGCCGCGGGGGGCGCGGGCGAGGUGGUGCUGGGUCUGUCCGAGCAGAGCGUGGCCAUCUCGCGCUGCGCCGGGACGCGCCUGCCCGCCUUGCUGGACGAGCAGCAGGUGAACGUCCUGCUCUACGACAUGAACGGCUGCUACUCACGCCUCAAGGAGCUGGUGCCCACCCUGCCUCAGAACCGCAAGGUGAGCAAGGUGGAGAUCCUGCAGCACGUCAUUGACUACAUCAGGGACCUGCAGCUGGAGCUGAACUCGGAGUCCGAAGUCGGGACCGCCGGAGGCCGGGGGAUGCCCGUCCGGGCCCCGCUCAGCACCCUGAACGGCGAGAUCAGCGCCUUGACGGCCGAGGCGGCAUGUGUUCCAGCCGACGAUCGCAUCUUGUGUCGCUGAGGCGGCGUGAGGGACCAGAUGGACUUCAACCCUUCAGGAGUCAAAAGGAAUAAAUGUUCUCCGGGGAGCCCGGGAAGAGACACCGCGGAGGCCACCGGACUCUUGGCGGAUCUGGCUAGAGGGCGGACCAGCAGAGGCUCACCUCUCCACCUUUCGGCUCCCAGAGACUGUGGGGAGGGGGUUAACCAACCCCGUGUGUUUUCUAUUUUUUGAAAAGCAGACAUUUUUUUAAAAAAAUGGUCACAUUUCGUGCUUCUCAGAUUUCUGAGGAAAUGUUUUGUAUUGUAUAUUACAAUGAUCACUGGGUGAGAAUAUUGUUUUACAAUAGUUCUAUGGGGAUGGGGUUUUUGUUGUUAUUAAACAAAUACUUUAGAUAA